UCUUUUAUCUAUAAAAUGUUGCCCUUUUCUUGGUAUAGUCUUGCAAGGUCUCUGCUCUACAGGGAGAAAAGGAGUGAGAGAGAGAUGGGUAGCAAAUCUUGCUUCUCUUUCUUUUUACUUUUCGCAAUCUUUUUUCAUUCAUGUUUGAUUUAUGAGGUAGCUGGUGAUCAUCAUCCAUUGAUUGGAUCGCAAAGGGAAGCACUGGAGAUAACCAUUGGCGGUGGUCCCGCUCCUCCAGCUGAAAAUGAGAAUUGCCUACCUCCUCCUCCUCCUCCUUCUUGUUUGCCGCCAAAUAUCUUAAGGGAUUAUGAUACAAUUCAGAAUUUCAGUAAAGCAAUUACGUGCGACCCCAACGGCAUAACAAGAUCAUGGAACAGGGCAGACAGAAAUGUCUGUAGAUUUGAUGGCUUUACUUGUGCUGAAAGGCCAGACACUCGUGUGCUAUCUGUGGUAGCAGCAAACUUCAACGGUUACAACUUUGGUGGCCCUAACUUACAGGUAAAAGAUUUACUCGAUCAGUUGGUGGACUUGUCUAUCUGCCACGCAAAUUCCAACAAUUUCGCUGGCAAUUUGCCGAAUGAAAGGGAAUUGCAAAACAUCAAAUUCUUAUUCGAGCUCGAUCUAAGCAACAACAAGUACACGGGUGGAUUCCCCAUGUCAGUUAUUGGUGCCACCAGAUUAACCUUCUUAGACAUCAGGUUCAACUCAUUUUCCGGGCCAAUUCCAAGAGAACUGUUCAAUCUAGACCUGGACGUGCUUUUCCUCAACAACAACCAAUUCACUCAGCAGCUUCCUGAUAAUAUUGGCUCUACCCCAGCCGUAUAUCUCACUUUAGCUAACAACUAUUUCAGUGGGCCUAUUCCAAGCAGCAUUGGCAGUGCCAAAAAUCUACAAGAGGUACUUUUCUUGAACAACAACUUCACAGGGUGCUUGCCAUACGAGAUUGGUUUCUUGAAUAAUUCCACUUUGUUUGAUGUGAGCUGCAACAAGCUGACGGGCCCAAUACCACACUCAUUUGCCUGCUUGGCAAAGAUACAGAUCCUGAACUUGGCCACGAAUGAGUUUUACGGGCCAGUGCCGGAGAUGGUGUGCAAACUACCAUAUCUGCAAAACUUGUCCUUGUCAGGGAACUAUUUCACUCAGGUUGGACCUGAAUGCAGGAAGUUGAUUCAGUUGAAGAGGCUUGAUGUUAGCAACAACUGCAUUUUAGACCUUCCAAAUCAGAAAUCAGCACAAAUGUGUAGAGAAUUCUUCUCCAUGCACAAGCAAUGUCCUAAUGAGAAGUCACUCAAUAUUGUUCCUUGUUUGAAGGACUACCGCAAAGCAUCGACCAUGUUUGAUCAAAAAUCAACUUUUGCAGCUACACCACCUAGAUCAUAUGAUGCUCUGUCACCGCAAAAUAAUUUCCGAUUUUAAUAUUUUUAAAGAUACCCAUUUAGGAAUGUUUUCUUGAUGGGCAUAUAUUGUCGCUAUGUAAUAUGUUCUCGGAUGUGGGCUAAUUUUCUUUUUAAUUUUUAGUUUUUUUUUUGGUUGAUUUAGCUUGAUAAUUUGUAAUGAAUGAUCCUUCUAAGUCAACUAUGCAUUCAGUCAAAUGUAUUGUUCUGGUUUAGAUGAUAUUUCCCCUUCCUUUGCUUAGUGUCUCUUUUUCCCACAAUAUAUGUACUUAACGGAUAUAUUUUAAUUGUUUA